CCCUUCCUCCCCAACUAUCUCCUCCCUCAUUUCAAAAAAAAAAAAAACUAUCUCCUCCCUUGGUCUUGACGGCGCCGACUGGGCGAGCGGCGGCGCGAUUCGUGACGUCUUCGCCCAGCCCGUUGCCAGCGACGAGCAUCCACCAGCCUUUUGUGCUGGUCUCCGCCGUGUCAUAAGACAAGAUGGUUUCCUUCGAGAUGAAUGACCUCAAGAAGAUUGGUCUUGGCCUGACAGGCUUUGGAAUAUUCUUCUCCUUUCUGGGAAUCAUUUUCUUUUUUGACAAGGGGCUCAUCGCAAUGGGCAAUAUUCUUUUCCUGUCAGGUCUGGGCUUGACAAUUGGUCUGAAAUCAACUAUGCAGUUUUUCACCAAGCCUAAGAAUUACAAGGGUACAAUCUCAUUCGGCGCUGGAUUUUUCCUGGUUCUCAUUGGGUGGCCUUUUUUUGGCAUGCUCUUGGAGGCAUAUGGCUUUAUUGUACUCUUCAGUGGAUUCUGGCCAACACUAGUAGUGUUCCUGCAGAGGAUUCCUAUCAUUGGCUGGAUAUUUCAACAACCCUUUGUGACAUCAUUCCUUGAUCGCUACAGAGGGAAACGGGUUCCAGUCUAGCAUCCUUUUUGGUGUAUGUUACUUUGGUGUAGCAGCUGAUGGUUUUAGCAAAAUGUUUAUGCAGGUGUCCGGUCUUUGCUGUUGUUUUUCCUUCUAUAUUUAGCUCCCAAUAGGUUUCUCCCUUUGUAAAUUAGAGCAUCUCCAAGAGUUUGCUAUAUUUUACUUGGCAUAUCUUGUGUUUUGCCAACUUCUAAAAAGAUAUGCCAAGUAAAAAAAGAGCUUAUCUCCAACAAUUUGGCAUAAUUCACUUGCCAAAUCCAGAUCUAACUUACAUCAGGAACCCUGAGAGAGAAACAAAAUUAUAUUUAUGCCCUUCCACCUCUUGAAAACUUAAAUCAAGAACCUUUCUUUGUUAUUUAUUUCUUUUUUCACCCUCACGAUGCCAAUCGCGCGCCGCGCCCGUAUAUUUACGUGCUGGAGGCUGGUUUUUCCCAAGUUGCCAAAAAUUGCCAAGUCUUUUGCCAAACUGUUGGAGGAGUAUUUUUAACGUUUUUGCUAAAAAUCAAAGAUGGCAACUCGAUUUGCCAAACUGCUGGAGAUGCUCUUACAGCCCCAAAUGGCUGAAACCAAGCUCCGUGGUUUUGUUGAGACCAGGGUGCAGAUUCACCCAUGAAAUGGACUGGAGAAACUCUUCAGCUUACCCUGUUUAUUUUGUGGCCUUGUAACAGUAUCAGGACAAUCCAUGCAUGAAGCUCGCAACUACAUGGAAACAUGGAAAUAUAGUAAUGUUGCCUGAUGCCUGGUAGGGCACACCAUUGCCUACCCUAA